AUGAGUGCAGAAAGCAGCAAACAGUGGAUUCUUCUGGCUGCAGGAUCCAAAGGAUGGCACAAUUACAGGCAUCAGGCAGAUGUCUGCCAUGCAUACCAGAUGGCAAGGAGAAAUGGAAUUCCAGAUGAGCAGAUCAUAGUCAUGAUGUAUGAUGAUAUAGCCUCCAAUGAGGAAAAUCCAUUCAGAGGAAAUAUCAUCAAUGAACCAAACGGCAGUAAUGUAUAUGAAGGUGUUCUCAGAGAUUACACUGGAAAUGACGUCUCCGCAAAAAACUUUCUUGCAGUGCUUGAAGGAGAUGAGUCUUCUGUGACAAAGAGAGGACCAAAAAAGGUUAUAAAGAGUGGCAGUAAUGACACAAUAUUUGUCUACCUGUCAGACCACGGCAGUAACGGGAUAUUUGCUUUUCCAAAAAAUCAGCUUUAUGCAACAGAUUUAAUUGACACGGUGAAAAAAAUGAACAGCAACCAACAGUUUUCACAGAUGGUAAUUUACGUGGAAAGUUGCCAUUCUGGAUCAUUGCUGAGUCAGCUGCCAAAGAACAUUAAUGUGUACGCCGUUUCUGCAAGCAAGCCUGAUGAGGCUUCUCAGGCCUGCUAUUACGAUGAGAUGAGGAAUGCCUGGCUGGCCGAUGUCUUCACAGCAUGCUGGCUGCAUCACAGCAAGACGGUGGACCUAAAAAAAACAACUUUCCAGGACCAGUUUGCUUAUUUGAAAAGAAAUGUUCACUCUUCAACCCCAUGCCAGUAUGGGAACCAGGUCAUUUACUGGACUUGA